GCUGGCCCUGGUCUGGUACAAUCAACAAUAAUCUUAAAUUGCUAGUGUAUGCAGUAUGCACCCUAUCUUAUUAUAUACUUUCUUUCUCUGCUUAUAUAUUGUUCUAUAAAUGCUAAUCUAGCUUCUUAUUGUUCAUUGCUUUUCCACAUUUCUUCAUAGUUUCUUAGACCAAUACUUUCUUAACUAACCCCAUCAUCAUAUCUAAUUAUCUUCCUUAAUUACAACUAUGGAGCUUAGACAAGAUCCCUCUUCUUCCACCAGAUGGUGGGGAAAAGAGACAAGAGCAAUAGUAACAGGAGGAAACAGAGGGAUUGGAUUAGCAAUUGGAAAGAGAUUAGCAGAAUUAGGAGUGACAGUAAUAUUAACAGCAAGAGAUGCAAAAAAAGGCAAAGAAGCUUUGGAAUUGCUAAGGAAUGAAGGACUUGGUGAUUAUAUUCAUUUCUCUGUCCUUGAUGUCUCUGAUCCUCAUUCUGUUUCUGCUUUUGCUACUUGGUUCAAGCUUAACUUCGGCGUUCUUGACAUUCUUGUGAACAAUGCUGCGGUAUCAUUUAAUGGGCUAUAUGAAAACUCAGUAAAGCAUGCGGAAAUAGUGAUCAAGACAAACUUUUAUGGUCCAAAGUUGUUGAUAGAGGCUUUAUUGCCUUUCUUUCGACGCUCAUCAACUCAUAAAAGCCGCAUUCUCAACUUCAGUUCAAGGCUUGGCCUAAUUCAUAAUGUUAAAAACAAGAACAUAAGAGCAAUACUCGAAGACGAGGAAAAUCUAAGCGAGGAGAAAAUCGAAGGAGUAAUAAAAUUGUUUUUAGAGCAAGUAAAAGAAGGGAGAUGGGAAAACGAAGGAUGGCCGAAAGAAUGGACUGAUUAUGCAGUGUCGAAGCUAGCAUUAAACGCGUACUCAAAGAUUUUAGCAAGAAGAUUAAGAGAUUCAAAUAUUAGUGUAAAUUGUUUUUGCCCUGGUUUUACUCGAACUGGUAUGACUGGUGGUAAAGGCAGUCGUACUGCUGAUAUUGCUGCUAAUAUUGGAGCUCAACUUGCUCUUCUUCCUCCUCAAUCUCUUCAAACUGGCAAAUUUAGUAUGGGCCAAAGUUUCUUCUUACAUUCAAGGUUUUGAAACAGAUUUAAUUUGUUAUGACAAUGUCCAAUUGUUUAAUGUUACGAUUGUUAAUUAGCAAGUGUGCGCAACCUUAUUCCUUGUUAUAUUUAUUUCGAGCUAGAUGUAGAUUUUUUUUAUAAAUAAUGUGUUAUGUGUAAUGUUGUAUAUUCUUUUAAUGUAUGUUCUUUUUUGUUUUGAUUGACUAUUAUUUAGAAUGAGCAUUAUUCACUUGCAGCUUGCUCUCAGUUGAAAACAUAAUUUGAAUUGACAAUAAUCGCAACAAUAUAAAUUUUAUACCAUCUAUAUAUUAACUUUGAUUAAAUCACAAUAGUUUUGACUUUUGCAUUACUUUAUUUUUUUUAAAAAAAUGCACUACCUAUAUUUGACUAAAUUUAGAAGUGUUUCUUCUAAAUAAAAACAAAUGAAGUAUCUCAUGAAAUAGUAAUCUUCCCAUCAUAUUUGGGGAGACAAGUAAACAUUUUAUUUGUUUUAUUAUGAACUACAAAUGAUUUUGAUACAAAUGAGAUAUUGGCCUAGUGGUUAUAGACUUAUGGUUGACAGGUUGAGGGCUUAUAUAAGUAAAAUAUUUAAAUUUUCAAAUUGCCAAUAAUAAUUCCGGCCCAACUUUGCUCCGUUAUUUGUAUAUUGGUAUUUGGUAGUACUAGUCCAAAGACGGUAUUGUGUAACAAGUGAAGAGAUAGUUUCAAAAUCAAUAUUGUGCUAUAUUUUUCUUUAUGGAGAAGCAAAAAGAUUGAAGAUGCUAAGCUUGCGAGCAAUUUGUUGUCUAUUCCCUCUCUUUCAUAUUUGCCGCCUAGAUAACCUCCCUCAGCGACGGCGCCGGCGCCGCCCCGACCACCUCCCCCUUCCCCUUAAACCACCAUCCCUCCACCCUAAAACCCCACGAAACA